AUGUCCUUACUGAAGCUAUGGAGCAAAGAGCCGAAGGCGUCUUCCAAGAUAAAAAAAGGCCACGGCAUCGUGGGCAGUUACGGCAAUAGCAUGCUGGCCCAUAACAACGUCCGGCAAUUUCGCAUCGACAUAAACGAGCCGCACAGUGUGUGGAAGCCCGAUGAAUGCAUAACCGGUGAGACAGUCAUCGACAUCAAGAGAGACAUCACUAAUGUGGCCAUUAAGCUCUCUCUGGUGUGUGAGGUACGAGUGAAGACCGGCAAUAGUCCAACCUCCAAGAACAAAAGAGUAGAGAAGAUUUUAGAAAAGUCAACCUUUCUUUACGGGCAAGAGUACAUAAAGGCAACUCCCUCCACCGCCGAGAAAAAACCGGCCAUCGACAAGUCUACCGUUCUCAACGGUCUAAGCAAGGGCGAACACAGGUUCCCCUUCAGAAUAAAAAUACCAAGGGGCAAGGGCAUGUUGAGCUCCAUCAAAUUCGAAAGAGGCUCCAUCGCAUACUUCCUGAACUGCACCUUGGAGUCCCUUAAUAACGUUAAUGCUCUGAAAAAACCAGAGGCGAGGUGCGAACGUGAGUUCUCGGUCAUUGUGCCCUUGGACGUCUCGAGGCUGCCCAAACAGAAGACCAAGACGGUGGUGCUGCAGUCCGCAUCCAUGGUCCAAAACAAAAAGGGCAAGUCCUCGGAGGACGCAUCCUCCUCCUACACACAAUUAACCCAUAAGUCCAACAAUUCCAAUUCUUCCAGCAGCACGGUAAACUCCUCCAAGACAUCCUCCCCACCAAACAAAACAGUGACCAUAUCCGUCGACAUACCGCACGCCGGGUUCGUGAUCGGCGAGACGAUCCCCAUCGACGUGAAGAUCGAACACUAUAAACCCUUCUACCACCCAGCGGGCCUCACCACCACCUUGGUGAGAAUCUGCAGGGUGGGCGGUGCGGGCAAAGACGACCCCAUGGAGACUUUUAGAAAGGACAUCUGCCAGAGUAUCUCCCCUAUAUACAUCAAUCCUGAAACGCUCCAGUUCCAGCCCAGAAUUCAUUUGAAAGUGCCCCUAGACGCAUUUUCCACACUCACCUCCGUGAGCAAGUUUUUCUCCUUCCAAUACUACAUCGAAGUCAUGGUCAAUUUGUCCAAGAAAAACGUGGUCUAUACGGAAUCCAACAGGGUAGUAGGAACCCCCGUCGAGGAGCAGAACGGCUCGGGCAUAGAACACAACAUCAACCGCAUUCAAAGGAAAAUGCUACGCAUGGUCAAUCCAGAAACUUUGGAAAACGACUCCGAGGGCUAUGAAUCCAGUAUAUUCUUCAAAGACAUGGUCAAUGUAGAAAAACUGAAAAGGCUCAGAAACGUCACAGGCAUGUCCAUCGAAACUGUCAUAGGAACGACAAGAUCCGAGCAGCAACAGUACGAUACGAACCUCCCCCGCGAGCCCGCCACCACUACCGCGCAAGAUCCAGUACCGGACUUGAGAGACUGGCUAGCCCCGCUGAAUGCAUACGAAUGCGACGAUGUCCCCGUUCCAAAGUAUUCCCCCAAUGAUAGAGUUAACGUAGCGUCGGAAGACAAGCAGGAGCUGGAGCAAAAAAGACUACAACAACUAGAAAGUGACCCUCCGUCCUGUGAUGACUAUUAA